AUGAGGCGGCACCCCUCCGUGGCGUCUGUCACGCCCUCUCGCACCAUCACAUGCCGCACCAUCACUGUUGCCGACUCUUACAAGUCUCUCAAGUUGCCCCACGCCCGUGCUGCCACUGCUGCCACUCCGGCUGGAGCGCCGAGCGACGGUGAAGGCACGGUGAUUGGGAUUGUGGUCAGCGGCGUGUGGUCGGAGCACCCCUCCUUUGACGACACUCUACCUUCCACCCCUCCCCCCCCCCACCAGGGCUACAGCCGCACACUCCCUGCCGGGUGGGCGGGCACGUGUCUGUGUCCCACUACAAGCGACUUUGCAUGUAACAACAAGAUCAUCGGAGGGUGCGUCUUCCAUGCGGGGUCUGCCGUCCGCUCUCCCCACGGGAUUCGGAUGGCCAUGGCACAUGGUGUGCCAGCAACGACCAACAGCGGCGUGGAGGUGCCUGGCGGAGGCACCAUUAGUGGCGUGGCUCCCCGGGCAUGCCUAACCAUCUACAAGGUGUACUGGCUUAACGUUGGCACCACAGUCACUAACGCCGUAGAUGUCUUUGCAGCCAUUGAUCAGGCUAUGGCGGAUGAUGUGGAUGUGAUCACCUUGUCCCUGGACAAUGUGAAUAGGAACAUGUACGAUGAUGAUUAUGCCAAGUGGAGCGUCACCUACUUUGACUAUGUGCCUUUCAUCGGCGCUCUUGCAGUGAGUAUGAGAGGCAUGCGGUGGGAGUGUGAGGGGCAUGCGGUGGGAGCGUGA